AUGGCACCCGCCUCUGUUGAGCGAAUGACAGCUCUUAGUCGGGAUAUUUCAGAAAAGACGAAAAUUAUUACGGAUUAUCUCACCGCUAAAGCUCUUGACGCCGCGUCAUUCGAUGUGAAUGGACUCGCCGAGUUUCCAAUUCCCCCCGAGGACGAAGAGCCAUACAAGGCUCGCUUAGAUCUCAUAGCACUGACCAAAGAGCUGCAUGACACUGCUGUUGGCCCAAAGGAGGGCUUGCGAUACUUGGCCUGGGAUUGCGUCAACAACUUGUCUCUUCAAGCAAUAUGGGAAUUUAAAGUCGCUCAGGCUGUUCCGCUGGAGGGCAUGAUUUCGUACGAGGACCUGACGGCCAAAGUUGUGAAGCUCAACAACGGGCUCGAUAUCCCGGUACUCAACCUGCGCCGUCUCAUCCGCCAUGCCAUUACGAACCGCAUCUUUGCCGAGCCGAAAAAAGGAUUCGUCGCGCACACACGCACUUCGCGGCUAAUUCUCGAGGAUGCGCCCCUGAAUAACUGGGUUGGAUUCAUGUGCAACGACCUGUGGCUGCCCAUUGCCAAUGUCGUCAGCGCUAUGAAGAAGUGGCCGGCUAGCGAGGAGCCUACCCAGACGGGUGUCAAUCUUGCUUACAACCAGAAUCUUCCAUGGUUCGACUACCUUCAACAGGAUGAGGUGUUCGCCAAGAGAUAUAAUCUUGCCAUGCAAGCGCAUGGCGGUGGGGAGGGAUACUCUUUGGCAUUGGUUGUUGAGGGAUAUCCGUGGGGUGACCUGCCUGAAGGUGCCACAGUCGUAGAUAUGGGCGGAAACCAGGGAUACGUUUCCUUUGCUAUUGCGGAAGCGUUUCCAACACUAAAUUUUAUCGUCCAAGACACAGCCGGGAUGCGCACCCCCGAGACCAUUGGCAAGGUCCCCGACGCUCUGCAAUCGAGAGUACAACUCACAAUGCACGACUUCUUCACGCCGCAGCCAGUCACGGCCGAGGCGUACUUCUUCCGCAUGAUCUUCCACGGCUUCGCUGACAAGUACUGCGUGCAGAUUCUACAGGCUCUCGUGCCCGCAUUGCGGCCGGGUGCGAAGAUCAUCAUCAAUGACGGAGCCAUGCCGGAGCCCGGGGCUGUGGGAUACAUUGAAGAACGGACGAUUAGGACCCUCGACCUCUUUAUGCAGGUCACGGUGAAUGCGCGCGAGAGGGAGCCGGAUGACUGGAGAGAGUUGUUUAGGCGGGCUGAUGAGCGGUAUAAGUUUAAUAGGAUUUGGAAACCGGAGAGGUCGCGCAUGUGGUUUAUCGAGGUAGAAUGGGCUGGAUAA